CCGGGAUGAAACGCGGCCAGGCGAGCGAACCCCCUCCGACAAGUGAUGAUGUAAUGGGAAUCCCAUCCCACCUUUUCUUGACGCUUCUUGACUCCAUCACCAGGCAACCAGGCCGCCCGGCCUUUCCGCUUUCGGCCCGGGCGAUCGGUCCGGAACAACGACCGUCCGGAUGCCCCUCCCCGUGCUGACUCAUCCCCUGGGCCUCUCCGGACUCCAUAAAUCUUCACCGGGAGCCAGACAAGCGAUCACGCGCGAGUCGAUAUUUUCCUUGGGGGGCGGAGGUGCUGGAUUGUUUUUCUUUGAUUUGUUUACUGUUUGGGUCGGGCCAUGAUCCACCGCUUGCAUAUCAAAUCUGUUCCCGGCAUUGGGCGGGUGCAUGCCAACCCGUGGCGCAUGGGGCAUCUAUCCAUAAUUCAACAUGUCGAUCCAGACCCUCAUGGCAAUUUUGUCUAUUUCGGUGUCCAUGGCAUGAUCCUAAACCAAGUGUGAUGGCCUGAUUGAGGCCUGAGCAAAGUGGCACUCAUUAUCGGAUCUGCCAAGCCGAAAUCUACUCCGUCCGGUGUAGGUUUCAAAGAAAACU